CUUAUGUCUUGUGUAAUGUUUGCCUCUUGAAAUUAGUUUGAAAACGACUUUUUUGGCCAGCAAUAACCAGUCGUGAAUGAAGAAAAUAUAUAGAAAAUGGCGUUCGCGAUACGUCGAAUGUUCUCCAACAUAACGUACUUUAAAAAGACUGAAAAUCCCUCGAACAAUGAUACGCCCGACGUGGACCCACCGUCCCGAGCCUCCAACGAGGAGCCCAUCAUGAUCAACUACGAUCACGCCGAGCCCGACUCCACCUCCCGCCACAGCAGAAGCCUCAAAUUACCUGAAUCUUUGAAGAAUUACGCUGCGAAAAAGGGGUCGCUCUCCGACACCGAUAUACUGAACAUAAAUGUGGAAUUCAAGCCUCGAGAGAAGAGGAAGAAGUGCAAAAAGUUGAAAGUGGACAUCAAGAAGGCGAGCCACUCCAUGGACCGCCUGAACAAUCAGGAGAAUACCCCCAAACACAUCCUAUUAGAAUGUAAGUCCUCUGAAAUUUUUACCGAGAAAUUCAAAGGUUUCGACUUUGAUAAAUCUUUCGAUCUCUAUGAGUCCACAUCGGAGGAGCACAUCUCGUUGUUUGAUGACGAGCUGGGAUCGUUUUCGGAGCAAUCCGACUCCGAAAUGUCUGUGCCUUCCAAAUUGCCUGUGAAAAUGUGUAGAAAAGUUGAGAUCACAGACAGUAAAUCCAAUCUGGAUUUAAGUCAGCUCGUCCCGUCAGUAACUCCAGAGUCCUUUGGAGAUAUAGUAGUGGAAAGAAGUGAGGAGGAAUAUCUCAAACUGUUCCAAGGUUACAUGCUAAAAUUUGAGGAGCUCGAGAGUUAUACAAAAAAGUUGUUAAACGAUUUCCAAUUUUACAUUGAUGUUGGUAAGGCUUUCGAAAAAAUACCAGAACUACAAAAAAAGUCACAAAACAAAAUUCCAAGCCGGUUAACUUCUAAGUCGGUGAGUCGGGCUAGCUCCUGGAAUGUACUGAAUGCAAACGAAGAUGACGUAACUAGAUGUAAGUUAAAGAAAAAAUUACUGUCAAUUAAGAAUCGCAUUGAUGAUUUCGUGCAUGAAAAUCUUAAUAAUAAAACGAAAUCAUUUUCCAAUUCUACACACAACUACAGCCACAGACAAAUCAGUCAAAAGAAGAAAAUAAAGCAUUACGAUUUUCCCGACUUGAGGGAUGCUAUGAUUGGGCUGUUUCAUACUGAUAAUGAAUCCAGUAUCAAUGAAACGCAUCUCGAUUUUGAUGAAUCUGACUGCCCCAAUUGCCACUGCAAGUGCCAUCAAUAUUCUUCAUCUCAGUCUGACUCUGGUCUAACGUCCAAAUCCCAGGACCAGUCUAUUACAUCCUCGAUCGGUAACUUCAGUCUCGAUUCCACGACACUCACGGCCUACUCCGAAUCACUCGAUCAAAUCGUGAGCUACAACAGUUUUCGAGAUACGAGCCUCUACAACACGUUACUGCAAAAGGCCGCGAUCGAACGUAUCACUUUCUACGUCCAAGUGCACAGCAUACAACUCAAAUGUGAAGUGUCUGAAAUGGACCAAGAGAGAAAUAUAUCGUUCCACUGUAUUCCCUGUACAUGCGUUGAGACUAACGAAAAUGGGCUCCUUCGUCAUAUUCUGAGCCAGAAUCACUGCGAAAAAAUUCAUUUUAUUUAUAAAACUGCGUAUAUCAAGAAAUGUGUGGCUGCAGGCGUCGAAAUUCAGCCCAGCACAAUCUUGAAUCCCAUGACAAUGUAUCGGGACGACAACAAAAUUGUUUGCUUUGGUGAUGCUCUGUAUGCAUGUUCGUUAUGUUUUGAAAAUUUGAUUAUCGGAGAAUCCGUGUUGAUGGCCCACUGCUCCGACCCAGUGCAUGUUGAUCGUAGGGAGCGGUUGUCUGAUAUUAUAGGUUAGGUUUGGGUUGUGCUAAAAGUAAUGGUGCAUGUCACAAUAUUAUGUAACAUUUUAUUUUACUGCAUGAUUUGUUGUCAACAAAUUACUAUGCUUUACAAACUAUUAUUUUAAAUUUUUUAUAGUACUUUUAUCUUCACAAUCUUGACGAUUUUUUUUUCUAUUUACAAUUUAAUAACUUUCACAUUUUUCCCUUUAUACUAAUGUUGUAAUUGACUGACAGCUAAUAUGAAAUAGUUAUUUAUUUUUUCCAAACUACAUACCUCCCGAGGGGGGGAUCAGUAGAUCACUUCUUGGGUCACUUUUCUUAUAUUAGGUGCUCAUAUGUUUACACCACUUAAAUGUGUUCAAAAACUAUUCAGAAUUUAGAUUAGGAUGCUUCUUAGUACUUGACUGUUUACAGUUCUCUUAAUCCAAUACAUCAGGGUGAUAUAUUAAGACUUAAUUUUACAUUUAUUAACACAUAGCAAUAAGCAUUAAUAUCUUUUAUACUAAUGUACUUACUUUAUAUAAUAUACAAUUAUAUUAUCUUGAAAAAUUAAAAAUAACAAAAAAAUUACCAUAUUAAUAAUAAGGUAACAUAACUUAAUUGGUACGUAAGAACUUAAUUAGAACUUGUUAAAACUAAAAAGAGAUCUCACAAUAAAAUCAAUAAGACUGAUUUUGGAAUCCCAUUGUUUGUGUAAUAAAUUAAUAAGUCAGUGUUUUGUAUAACAAUUGUAAAAUUCUUAUACAGGAUUAAUUGUCUUAUUUCAGUGUAUUAAAUAGAAAACUUAAGUCUGCCAUCCCCGAUCCCGCCUAUGUUAGUGUGUAUUCAGUAGUAUUGUAAGUUAUAGUGUUCAUAAAAUAAGGAAUGAAGUUUUGUAUAAGUGUACUAUGUAUUGUAUAGGGUAGCCAGAUAGCAUUAUUUCUUAAAAUUUCUAAUCUCUUUCUUCCAAUUUAGCAAUAGUAAUUAUAGGAUAAGUACUAUUACAGAAUUCCAAGAUCUUUUUCAAGAAGAAGUGAAAAUUACUAUUUCCUGUACUGUUUUACACUUUUCUGGCAACCCUAUUAACAAUAUACAUUCCAUGAUUUUUUAAUAUCUUAAUAUUAUUAGGAACUAUUUAACUCUAGCGUAAGCACACAAUGUAUGAAGUACAUAUUUUUAGAAAACACUUCAGAGUUUAAAAAACAAAAUUGUAAUUCUAAAAUAGACCUUACAACCUCAAAAAAUUGCUCCAAACUUUUACAUAUUUUCUUAUGCAAUUUUCGCAAUACUAUACAAGAAUUUGUGUACCAAAUUCUGUGAUUCCCGUGUGUUCAACUAUUUUUUCAAUGAACUGACCGAUGUGAUUACUUCUUUGUAGAUUUAAUUCUGAUCUCUGUGUUGCCAGUUUUCCGCAUAUUUGUAUAGGUGCUUAGUUUUUCAAAUUAUAAUAAUCUGUGUUAUGUGUACUAAAACUAUUGUCUUACUAAAAAGAUUUCUUGAACUGUGAUACUAAAAAAAUGUGAUCAAAAACUGUUAUUUAUUUUACAUUUUAUUGUCUGUAAAUAGUCCUGGGCCCCGGCUGGUUGUUGAACUUUUUAGCUAAGCAUGCUCGAGUAGUUUGAUCAAGUUGAGUAGAUCAAAACCUCUGAAGGAUUUGUAAAAUGCAUGGAUACAUUUCUUUAUGAUGGUCACACUACUUGAGAAUGUCUGGAGUUAUGAACCUUGCAAAUCACAAAUUCACCAAAAUAAAUGUGUGCAGUUUGGA